AUGUCAACCAUCGCCUCUCCCCGCGAACCCCCGCGGCGCACGCCCAACUCCUCCACGCGCCCAUCCCUCGAAAUCUCCCGUUCCGCCGUCGCCUCGCCCGUCCUCGGCCAAUCCUCCUCGGCGUCCUUUCCGACGUCCCCCGCGCUCGGCGCCCAGCAGCUGCAACAGCCGGUCCCGAAGCGGGCCAACCGCGCCGCCCUCCGCGAAUACUACAACCUGCGGGCCUCGGCGCCGCGCAUUGACUUGCCGGACUCCGAGGUGCCGACCAGCGACAUCGACGCCGAGGACUUUGACGCCGAGGAUUAUGUUACCAAGGUGGCAACGCGGAGCAGCCUGGAGGAGCUGCUGCGGCUGUACACGCGGGUUGUGGGCGAGGUUCGCGCGCUAGAUGCCGAGAAGAAGGCUCUCGUGUACGACAACUACAGCAAGCUGAUUACGGCGACGGAGACGAUUCGCAAGAUGCGAGCAAACAUGGACCCCCUGAACCCCAUGGCCUCAACCCUCGAUCCCGCCAUCGCCCAAAUCUACACCCAAGCCUCGUCCAUCCGCGAAGCCCUCCGAGCGUCGGUCCCCCCGCCAGACUCAGAGCAAGGCAAGAAGCGCGAUGCGGAGCUGCGCAAGCAACGCACACGGGAGCUAGCCGCCGAGGUGCUCGGGAUGCCGGAGCGGCUUCGGAACCUGGUCAAGGAGGGCAAGCUCGAGCAGGCGCGCAAAGACUGGGAGAUGCCGCGGCGGUUGCUGGUGGCAUGGAAGGAGAAGGGCGUCGGCGGCCAUGAUGUCGAGGAGUGUCUGGAAGAGGGCGAUGAAGCGUUACGGAAGGAGGAGAGUAUUGCGAGCGCAGUGAGUGAACGAUCGUCAACAGAUACACGCGUGUCCAAGGACGGGAGAUUGUCCAAAGACGGGCGGUUGUCCAAGGAUGGACGAUUAUCCAAGGACGGGCGAAUGUCCAAGGAUGGACGGUAA